CCUUAUAAAUACAUCUCAGCUCUAGACAGCCAUUCUUCUCCCUCGUGCUUCCAACCUCCUUUGCUUUCUUCUCUCGGAGCGUUUCCUUUAGGUCUAACCAUAGGCGUUCUGCUGUGAUCAAUUUCGGAAGAUGAAUCACUGUAAUUUUCAGCAGAACGCCUUUGUGGCCGGCGGCGAAGAGAUGAGGAGCACCGUUUCGAUCUCUGAUCUGAAGGGUCCUGUUGUUUGUCCAAAGCCUCGUCGUGUCGGGGUUUUGGCUAACACUCAAGUGAGGCCCUUGAGAUGGCACAUGAGUCAUUACGGUGAGGUUUGUGAUUCCAAGGCUGGAGCAGAGCUUCUGGAUAUGAUUCUCAUGAAGGAGGGUCAUGUUGGAGAACUAACUGCAGCCCAGUUUGCGUCGUCACCACCUUAUUUUUGUGGGUCUCCUCCAAGCAGGUCUGCCAACCCCUUAAUCCAAGAUGCUCGAUUUGGAGAUGAAAAGUUCAUUCCUAUUUCGCCAUUGUCAAUACCAUCGCCAUCCGGUGUUUCAUCUCCAUCAUCAUCUUCACGCAAAGGAGGUUGCACUAGAAUGAAGCUUGGGCUGAAACCGGCCGCAGUUAGAGUAGAAGGUUUUGAUUGCCUCAACAGGGAUCGCCAAAAUUCCAGCAUCCCUGCUGUUGCUUAGAACUCCAUCACAGGAAGUGUAUAUAGAAGGGAGCUAAAUGCCAGAAUUCAUACAAAGCAGACUUAACAAGCAGAGGGAAUUUUGCAUAUUUUUGGAGGAUUAAGGUCUUCUGUUAGCAGUGUAUAUAUCAUUUCUUUUGUUGGUGAUCGUCUUAUUGCUAAUAUCUCUGUAAGUAGUUUGGUUGAACUUGUAAGAGACAGCAAACCUUGUGUUGUUAAGAAAAAGGUUUGAAUGUUGUUGGAGAGCACGGCUUAUUUUGUAAUAUAAGAUGGGGUUAGUGUUGGGAGUGUCUUGAUUUUUUAGGUGAUCACCAUGGAAAAUUUCUGUAUAGAGGCUGAUGGUGAUUUAAUUUUGGUAAAUCUACCCUGUAAAUUUGUUUUGAUAAGUGCUAAUGGUCUUGUCUGGUUCUUAUAAUGUUUUUCCCUUCAAUAUAUAUAUGGUUUUUGCCUGUA